CUCGGCACAGUCAGACGUUUGUUUUGUCACUCCCUGCAAGUUAGCUCGAAAUCCAUACUCGGGUUUUCUCCGCACUAUUUUUGCUGGUGUCCAGAUUUGCAAACGCAGUAUAGCUGGAAAUAAAGACAACAGUAGACAUGAACACUGACACAGAUCGCCGACAAAACGACCAUGGCGUUGGCAAUGGUGAUGGUGAUGAUGAUUCAACAAAAGCUGCCCCGACCUCGCAGAUUCCUGGGAUGUCUGACGAUGCUAACAAUGGUCCUGAGGAGAGGACUAAAGGACGCCGUACGGGAGUCAAUGAGUCCGAUUCUGCUUAUACUAAACUGGCUAAACAAGGAGGACAGAGGGGUAAAAACGGUUUAUUGUGGCACGAGGAGACCAAUUUGGACACCAAACCUAAUUCUGCGUCAUCUUACAAAGCUCCAAAUUGGUUCUCUGGAUCUCCAAAAGCUCAAGAGCAAGCAAGCCCAACUGAGAGCUUUCAAAACUACAUGUCAACUAAUGCUCCCUUUGGGAGUGAUAAUAAGUCAACUUGGGAAAGGGACUUUGAUGACAAAGAGAAGAUCUCUCCCAACAGCCAGAUGGAGAACUUGUCCUUAGCAUCAGGAAAGAAUGAAGAUGCAGCAGGCAAUUUCAAGAAAACCCCAGCAGCCCCGCUACCAAUUGAUGGGGCUGAAGAAAUAUCUCAGAAAUCUCAGAAUUCGACCCCUGUCAACAUGUCUACGCUCUUGAGCUUUGGCUAUUUAGAGGACCAGAAAGGGGCACCAAAUACGCAUUCAUCAAGUUCCAAGGAGUAGAAAGGAGCAAAGGCAGUGACGCACGACUGACUCCUCAAUGUUCUCCUCCACAACGUUCCUUCACCAGGUUUUGCCUGUUCACAACCGCUCAUAGAUCAAUUAAAGCAGUUCAUUUUGGUUCAAGUCAGAGUUAAGGCGCUCUUGUCAUGCUACAUGUUUAUGCUUGUCCCAAGAAGUAUACACAACUGCAAAACUUGAUUCUGUUAGAUUGCCCUCACAGACCUGCUCUGUUCUGUGCCUGAAGUUGCUAAUGAACUGCAUUUUCACUGUAACACUAAUAACAGCUAAUGUACUAGCCUGAGCUAUGCUCUUGUUUGUCUGUUGUAGUUUGGGGAAUGAUGGUUUACUUUUAAAAGGUGUCUAUGGCUUAGAAGGGCUCCUCUAAAAAUGCCUGCUGUUUUGAAGUGUUAUCUUUUUUUUUUUGUGCCUCGUUAUGAUUACUAUAAAGAUUUGUUUUAAAGAAAAUAAAUGUGUUGUGCAUGGAAACAUUG